ACAGGUGGAGAUCCAGGUUUGGUUUGGACUGAAACAGAUAGGUUACAGGAAGACACAAAGGCUGAGUUUGGACAGUAACAGACAGGGGUUAGUCUGGACAGAAGAAGGCAAAGCUUUGGUUUGGACAAACUGAGUGGAGAUUAUUUGGAGAUCAGGCCGUGAUGAAGCUGCAACUUGACCUCUUGCUCCUGUACAGCUCCAUUUAUCUACAACUUCUGCAACUUCUCCAUCACACUCAUGCUCACACUGCAGCUCUUUGGGAAGCAGAUCCUUCAUACUGGAAUGAACAAGCAAGGAGAAUGCUGGAUGGGGCACUUAAACUUCAACCACAGAAUCACAGGGCCAAAAAUAUUAUCCUUUUCCUUGGUGAUGGAAUGGGCGUGUCCACUGUCUCAGCUGCACGAAUCAUGAGAGGACAAAUAGAUGGACAAACAGGGGAGGAGACUGUCCUCGCCAUGGAUAAGUUUCCUUACCUUGCACUAUCAAAGACAUACAGUGUGGAUAAACAGGUAGCAGACAGUGCAGGCACGGCUACAGCAUACCACUGCGGUGUUAAAGCUAACUCUAAGACGGUGGGUGUAAGUGCAAGUGCUGUCCCCUCCGAGUGCAACACGACUUUUGGAAAUGAAGUUUAUUCAGUCUUACACCGUGCUAAAUUGCAAGGCAAAUCAGUUGGCAUUGUGACUACCACUCGAGUCCAGCAUGCGUCUCCAGCAGCAGCGUAUGCUCAUUCAGUAGACCGCAAAUGGUACAGUGAUGCUUAUUUACCACCCCAAGCCCAACAAGACGGCUGUGUGGACAUUUCUACUCAACUUAUUACCAACACCGACAUUGAUGUUAUUCUGGGAGGUGGAAGAAUGUACAUGACACCAAAAGGCACACCAGAUCCAGAAUAUCCCACUUCAUCUUCACGGAAAGGUAACCGCUUGGACAAGAGGAACUUGAUCGAGACAUGGCUGGAUGAGCGGAAGGACAGACGCUCUCAGUAUGUUUGGAAUAAAGAGCAGUUAAACGCAGUUGAUGUGAACACUACAGAUUGUCUCAUGGGGCUGUUUGAACCAAAGGACAUGAGGUUUGAGUACUUCAGGAACCGGACACGUGAUCCGUCCAUCGUAGACAUGACUGAAAAAGCGAUUCAGAUCCUCAGGAAGAACCCAAAAGGAUUUUUUCUUUUUGUUGAAGGUGGCAGGAUUGAUCAUGGCCACCAUGCUGGCAUUGCCAAACUGGCUCUAAAGGAGACAGUGAUGUUCGACCAAGCAAUACAUCGAGCAUCUCAGCUCACCAAAGAGUCUGAAACUCUCACCAUCGUCACUGCAGAUCACUCACAUGUCUUCACAUUUGGUGGAAACACACCACGGGGGAACCCUAUUUUUGGUCUGGCCCCAAAGAAUGCAGAUGACAGACUUCCAUUCACUAGUAUACUUUAUGCUAACGGGCCCGGAUACGUGCAUGUGAAUGGGUCGAGAGCGAAUGUGUCAGCAGUGGAUUACAUGGAUGAGGAAUACAUGCAGCAGGCCGCUGUGCCAUUAGAUGCCGAGACUCAUGGAGGCGAAGACGUGGCAAUUUACGCAAAAGGCCCAAUGGCGCAUCUUUUCCAUGGUGUUAAAGAACAGCAUUACAUCGCUCAUGUAAUGGCAUAUGCUGCCUGCCUCCAUCCCUACACCGACUGCCCGACUGAGCUUAACCACACCCCCAAACUUUCUCUCUCCCUGUCGCUUAGUUUAACAUGUGCAGUGGUUUGGUUUAGCUCCAGAUGACAGUGUUCCUUCUGUGCUCCAAUACAGACUUUAAUACACUCUCAUUCACUUCCCUUGGAAAAGUCUAAGUUAUCUUAAGAGCUUUUCCCUGUAAAAAAAAACAUUUUGACUGAAACCUAAUUGUACAUUAUUCCUGCAGAUCAACAUGAAAAUGCUAAAAGAAUACAGGUUUCAAUUACACAACAUGCAAAUUAACAACAUUAACUGCCUAUAUUCAAUUCUGCCAAAAUGGCAGCCAUCUAACAGCAGUUAGAUAGCUUAGCUGAGUUAAAGUUAUAUUUUAUGUAAAUGUAUUUAGCCUAGUUAAUUUAGGUGAUGUUAAGUAAAUUACUAUACUGUGUAAUUAAAAACUAGAAGCUAGCAUAAAUUUGCCAUUAUUUUACCUAACCACAUUCAGAAGUGAACUUGUGAGGGGAAGUUGAAAAUUGUUUGUUGAAGACUUUAUUUGAAACUCAGGGAUGAUUUUGUAACAGAUUCCCUUUUUUUUUUACUUUUUUAGUUUUACAAUUAUUUCACUCAUCCAUGAUCAGCUAUAUAAAAAAGUGCCUUAAAUGGAUGUUUUGUUUAGGUUUGUUUCUUUUAAACGAGAAAAAUGUAUAUGCAAAGUUUCAUAUGCAAAUUUUAAAGUAGGAGU